AAAAUGAAUGAUCAAACAACAUCAAGAUUCACAUUCAAGCGAAGAAUCAAGAGAACUUUGAAAUAAUAAGGCGAAUUGAAACCAGGAAGGAACAAAUCAAGAAACGAAUUCAAGAAAAAAUAUAAGUGAAAGUAGUGUGAACAACUGUGUAUAUUUGAAUGAAUUUAUGUAGAAAUCAACAUCUUGUUGAAGUUGAUGUUGCUGCUGUGCUGUUUUUGUUAGCAGAACUACCAUGUCUUUGAACAGAUGGUAAUGUGAUUUUGUAGCUAACAAUCAAGUUUCUACAAAAUAGGCGUGCAGUUGUGUUUCUGCCUAAUUGGCUAUAUAAAAUUAUAAGUAUUUUUUCAAAAAACUUCACCUUUAUAGGCUAAAAGAUCAUAUAAUGUCCCCUGGAAAAACUUGUAUCGCAAAUGAUGUUACUAGCAGACUGGGGAAUGGUGAUGAUGGAGCACCACAAAAUAUGCUGUCUAACCCUCCUUGUAACCUAACAUCCAAUCAGCUGCCACGCUCUGAAUCCCCAGACAGUUCAGCGAGUGUUAGCGGGACUCAAACCCUCAAUGACGUACCUGGAGUCAGCUUCAGUCAGAACAACAGUAGCAGCUACUUGCCCAACAGCCACCCUGUGUACAACUGGCAGGCUACCAAGACAACUGUGAAAGAGAGGUUUGCAUUCAUGUUUAACAACGAGAUAUUGAGUGACGUCCACUUUAUUGUUGGUCGGGACUUGUCACAGCAGCGUAUCCCUGCUCACAAGUUCGUCUUGGCUGUCGGCAGUGCUGUGUUUGACGCUAUGUUCAACGGAACGCUGGCAACGCAGUCUGACACUGUCGAACUGCCAGACGUCGAGCCAGCUGCAUUUUUGGCAUUACUCAAAUUUCUUUAUUCCGAUGAAGUCCAAAUCGGUCCAGAAACAGUGAUGACAACUUUGUACACAGCCAAGAAAUACGCAGUUCCUGCACUGGAACGUCAUUGUGUUGAUUUCCUCAAGUCUAACCUGGGCCCUGACAAUGCCUUCAUGCUGCUCACCCAAGCACGUUUGUUUGACGAGCCCCAGCUAGCAGCUCUCUGUCUAGACACUAUAGACAAGAACACGGCCGAAGCUUUGGCGGCUGACGGAUUUACAGAUGUUGAUUUGGACACGUUACGAUGUGUCUUGGAGCGUGACACCUUACGUAUACGAGAGGCCAAACUGUUCCAAGCAGUAGUUAGGUGGGGUAUAGCAGAGUGUGGACGACAAGAGCUGUCAGUCACUCCCCAGAACCAGAGGUCUGUCCUGGGUGACAGUCUAGGACUCAUCAGGUUCCCGCUCAUGUCUGUGGAGGAAUUUGCUUGCGGCGCGGCUCAGUCGGGUAUCCUCACUGACCGCGAGGUUGUCUCCCUCUUCCUAUACUUUACUGUCAACCCGAAGCCCAGCGUCAACUUUACAGACACCCCUCGCUGCUCGAUGACUGGCAAAGAACAGAGUGUCAACCGGUUCCAGCAGAUCGAGAGCCGUUGGGGAUACAGUGGCACCAGUGAUAGGAUAAGGUUUAUAGCAGAUCGAAGGAUUUUUGUCGUGGGAUUCGGACUGUAUGGAUCCAUUCAUGGGCCAACUGAUUACGAUGUUACAUUGCAGGUGAUUCACACGGCUUCAGGCAACAUUUGCGGCUCGAACAGCACAAGCUUCAGCUGUGAUGGAACCAGUUACACGUUCAGAGUCAUGUUCAAGGAACCGGUUGAGAUCUUGCCCAAUACAAGCUACACAGCAUCUGCCACACUCAAGGGACCAGACUCACACUAUGGUACCAGAGGUCAACGCAAGGUCGUGGUAGAUUGUCCCAGUGGUGGUAAGGUGACGUUCCAGUUCUCCUACGCAGCUGGCAACAACAACGGCACUUCAGUAGAGGAUGGGCAGAUUCCUGAGAUUCUCUUCUACACUUAAAUUAUUUAACAGUGGAUGGGACUCAGAAGACUGUGAUCUGAAGAUUGUGUCAGUUUAAAAUGGCCUACACAAUUUUGGUUUAGGUAAUGAUAAAAAUAUAUCAAUACUUAUUUUUGUUCAAUGUUUCGUCAAAAAUGAAUACAAGACAAGUGUUAUGACUGACUAUUUAAUGUUAGAUGAUUAUUUUUUAGAAUACUCUGAGUGUAGGGGUUGCACAGAAGCUUGUUAGCUUUAUAAAGAAGACAAGGUUUAUUUGGUCAGUAAUCAUAAUGAUUUCUUUAUUAUUUAAAAACAGAAUUAAUAAGUUUACGUUUGAUUAUAUACAGGGUUAGUAACUAUUUGUCUAACUCGUGAUAUUUUUAACUAUCAAACAUAUAAUACUCAAUUUGACUGCGACAAAACAAUUUUUUAAUGCUGGCAUAGCCAUAAAUAACUUAUAUAGGGCCUACAAUAUAAUAAUCAUUGUGUGAUUUAUUCUUAGGCUGUAUACCUACAUUAAAUUAAAUUAAUUAGUUGAACAUUUCAAGGUUCUUUCUAAGCAAUUGCAGCUUGUUGUACAUGUUGGAUCGUAAGUAUUUAGCUCUUACAAAUGAGUAUUCCUAUAAAAUACCAGUAACAAGAUCAAGAUGGCUCUGAAAUUAACUAUCAUCUAAAGUGUAUAUGCACGUCAAAUGUUAAGAUACUAAAACUGUUGAACAGAAGUUUAUCUUAAUAAUUUUAGCUUUUUUACUUGGUUCUAAAGCUCAAAGGUAAAUAAAUGUCUGUAAAGCAUAACCAAAAAUGGUGCUGUGAUCAGGAAGAAGUACCGAAAUAUCUGACCACUCUUAAAUUUGUGUUUUGGUUUUUGAAACCAUUCAAGUGUCAUCUAUCGUCCAACAAGCUUGA